AUUAAGUGGCACAUUGACGUCACAAGUUGCCAGGCUCUAGUGUAAACUACUUCCUUCGUCACUUAAAAAGUACCAGAUAAAUCGGCAAAAAUACCGUUGAAUUGACAAGAUCGUUUAAAAAUGUCUUCCGAGAAGGUUGGUAUAAAGGUGGUGGCCCGAUGCCGUCCCUUCAUAGAUUCAGAACAAAGCAAAGGGGCGACCAGGAUCGUGAAGAUGACGGGGGAUAAGACGACUAUACAGAGUCCCCAACAAGGAGGAACUGGAAAGGAGAGUGCUUUCACAUUUGAUGCAAGCUAUUUCUGGGACGUUAGAGCUAGCCAGAUUUACAAGGAGCAGGUGGAGCCUUUGCUGAAGAAGUCCCUAGAGGGAUACAAUGUGACCCUGAUGGCGUUUGGACAAACUGGAAGUGGAAAGACUCACUUGCUGUCAGGGACUAUGGAAGAUCCUGGCGUCGUUACCAUGUUGAAUCGUAGCCUCUUCAAGCACAUCGAUGAAUCAUCCAAGAUGUUCUUUGUCUCGGUCUCUUUUGUGGAGAUUUUGGACGACAAUUUCUUGGAUUUGCUGAACCCACACAGUAAUCCGAUGAAAAUCAGGCAGCACCCUCAAGCUGGAAUUUUCGUGGAUGGACUAUCCGAGUUGGUGUGCAAGAGCGGUGAGGAUAUUGCCAAGUAUUACGACCAAGGAACCCGAGCACGGAAGAUGGGAUCGUCUGUUGUCAUGGCACACAGAGAAAGGGCACACUGUAUCUUCACUAUCACUGUUGAGCACAAGGAUGCGGAUGGAGCCCACUGUAUGAGGAGCAAGAUAGCAGUGGUAGAUGUAGCAGGAUCUGAAGGCGUGCAGAACCAAGAUAAAAGUCUGGUUUCCCUGACCAAUGUGAUCUCUGCACUUGGUGACCCUAAGAAGAAGGGAGGUCAUGUGCCUUACAGGGACUCAAAGAUCACCAGACUACUGCAGGAUGCCAUUGGAGGCAAUUCCUUCACCGUGAUGUUUGCUCUGGCCUCCCCUGCAGACUCCAGCUAUGACGAGACGUUGACUACAUUCCAGUAUGCGCAGUUCUGCAAAAACAUCUCCAACGCUGUCAAGAAGAACAUUGAUGACAGUGAGCGUUUGAUGAAUGAACUUCGCGAGGAGAUCUCACGUCUUCGUGAGAAGCUGACAGGCAGCAGCUUAACAGAAGCUUCAAGCAAGGAUGACGUGUUACGCAUGCAGGAACUGAUCAAGGAUCUCCAGAUAGCCAAGAGCCAGACUUGGGAUGGGAAAGAGAGGAUGUCAGCCCAGUAUGAGGAGGAUAGGAAACUCAACCUAGCCAAGAAGGGUAUUAUGCAGUGGGUGAUGGCGGACAGCCUGAGGAAGGGAAACAAAGAGAUCCAGGACAGAGUUCUAUAUAUGCAGAAGGAGAAGGAUCAGCUUCAGCACGAGUACAAAGAGAGACGCAAGUUGGUGGACAACCUGAAGGAUGAACUACAACUCAAGAUCAUGGACUACACCAAGAUGGCUGAAAGUGGCAGAGCAAACGAAGCAGAGACCAAGUCUCGGGUGACGGCCAUCCAUGAACUCAAGGAAGAGGUCAAGAAGGAGAGCGAGAAUCUCAAGGAGGUCAAGCGAGGUCUGAAGGAGCUGCAGGAUCGACAGAAGAGGGAGAAAGAGGAUAUGCGUAGCCAGCACUCUGACCUGCAGACCAACACUGAGCUGUGGCGUAUGGCCAAGACGGAGGAGAGGAAACGCAAGGAGCAGGAAAACGUGCACAUGCUGGAGGAUGAACUGGAGAGGAUGAGGAUGGAGGUGGACCAUCAGAAAGCAGAGAUACAGUUAAAAGCUGCAGAAGGCUACACAUACAGCAAGGAGGAAUCCAUCGAGCUUGAGAUGGAGUUAGUCAAGGAGCGGGAGGAACGCCGCGUGGUGACCAUGCAGCUGCAGGCCCUGGAUGAGGUCAAAGGUCUCCUGAGCCAGGAGCUGAACGAGGCGUACACUAAACACAGAGAGGAGAUGGAGAUACAACAGUUACAACACUUCCAGACCUUCCGCAACUAUCGUGAGGUGUUUGAGCAGCAGAAGGCAGCCUUAGAGCAGCGUUAUCGCAGCCUGCUUGAGGAUGCUAUCCAAGAUGCUGUCUUCCUGUCAAGCCGCAACUCAGAGCUGGAACAGGAGAACCAGGCACUCAAACAUGAGAUUGCCGAAUUCAAGGACAAGAUCUCUAUGAUGGGAGGCAAUCGUGGGAGGAGCAGGCCAACCUCUGCAGCAUCCAUCCGUUCCUAAAAUUGUUGAGCGUUUUCAUUUGUGUACUGUGGCAGUUGUGUGUGCGAAGUCUUUCAAAAAAUGAUAUUCACGAUCUCAGAGCACCCAUUAUGGCCAAAAGUGUUGACCUUUGUUACUGGCACUUUUUGCAUAUUAACCGUACCAGUUUAAGAAUGGAAGGUGAAUAGAAAAGUUAAAACGAAGAGGCAGAAAAUGACAUUUUUAUGAAUUCCACAAAAUCUCUUCUGUAUGGGGAAGGCAUCCCUAUAACAAAAUCUUCCCUGAAUUUCUACAAUAUUUGCCUGUAGAUCCCCUACAGGCUGAAACAAAGUUUCAAAGUGACAGACUUCAACCAUUCUGUAUAAAUUAAGUUUGACCGUGGAGUGCUUAACAUACAUGUACAUGUUGUUGUCAUUAUGUGCAAAAGUAGCAUCUUUGCUGUUAAGGAUACUGUCUAUCAUGAAGCAAACAUCGAUUUGCUGUCAGACUGUCAAUUGCUGUAUGAAACUAUUAAGUUUUUUAUAUACUAAGAAUGCAUAUGUAUAUGUAGCUGGUAUCUGUACAAAUUUAACCCUUCUUUGUAAAUUAAUAUGCAAUCAGCUU